AUGAGUCGGGGAGUUCCGCUGCUGCUGGGCGCUCGGGCGGUGGAGGAGCAUUUCCCCCCCGCCGGCCUGCUCCUCCCGGCCUUGGAAGGCGCCCUGGCCGACUUCUCCCGCGGCCCGGAGGGAGGCGUCGUCCAGCCGGUGCGCACUGUGGUCCCCAUCCAGAAGUACAGCGGGUUCUUGGGAGUCAUGCCUGCAUACAGUGAAAAGGACGACGCAUUGACCACCAAGUUGGUGACCUUUUACGAGCACCUGAAGGACCCUUCUGUUCCUUCGCACCAAGCGACAGUGCUGUUACUGGAUCCAACCAACGGGACUCUAAAAGCGGUCAUGGACGGCAGCGUCAUCACAGCGAAGCGAACAGCCGCGGUGUCUGCAAUAGCCACCAAGCUUUUGAUGCCGGCUGGUUCUGAAGUUCUCUGUAUCCUCGGGGCUGGCGUUCAAGCCCGUAGCCAUUACGAGAUCUUCAUGGAGCUGUUUUCAUUUAAGGAGGUGAGGGUGUGGAAUCGCACGAAAGAGAAUGCCGAGAAAUUUGCCCGCUCGACGGCUGGGCCCGUACAGGUCUGUUCAACCGUCCGGGAGGCGGUCGAGGGGGCAGAUGUGAUUGUCACCGUCACGAUGGCAACGGAACCGAUUUUACAUGGAGAAUGGGUGAAAGUUGGGGCCCAUAUCAAUGCUGUCGGAGCGAGCCGGCCGGACUGGCGGGAGCUGGAUGAUGCCGCGAUGAGGAACUCUGUCCUCUACGUGGAUUCCAAAGAGGCUGCUCUGCGCGAAUCCGGAGAUGUCAUUUUAUCCGGGGCGAAGAUUUUUGCCGAGCUGGGCGAGGUGUUGCUGGGAAUGAAGCCGGCUCUGCGUGAGCAGACGACUGUGUUCAAAUCCCUGGGGAUGGCGAUUGAAGACACGGUGGCUGCGAAGAUGGUCUUUGAUUCCUGGUCGGCCAGCUGCUGAAUGGAAGAGCUUUCAGG